AUGACCAAGAUCAACUCCUCCCUCCACUCCUCGCGCAGAAAGUCGCGCAAGGCUCAUUACGAUGCCCCCUCAAGUGUCAGACGCACGAUCAUGAGCGCCCCUCUCAGCAAAGAGCUCCGUGAGAAGUACAACGUCCGCUCCAUCCCCAUCCGAAAGGACGACGAAGUUACCGUUGUCCGUGGCUCCAACAAGGGCCGCGAAGGCAAGAUCAUCUCUGUCUACCGUCUCAAAUACGUUGUGCACAUUGAGCGAGUCGUUAAGGAGAAGUCCUCUGGCCAAUCUGUCCCCCUCGGCAUCCACCCAUCCAAGGUCGUCAUCACCAAGCUGAAGAUCGACAAGGACCGUGAGAGCAUAUUGGAGCGCAUUAAGGCUGGCCGCGAGAUCAAGGAGAAGUUGAAGGCGAAAGCUUAG